AUGGACCCCAGUGAAUCCAACGCGCUUGCUGCUUAUGGUUUCCCUACAGGUUCUUGUGGUUUGGACAAACAGACACCACUGGAUUUGUCUGGCUCUUGUUCUCCGAUAAUGCUUCGCUAUGGGCACAAUGGCAUAGACACCAUCAUACCACUAACCAGAGCUUCUGGGCACUGCAAGAAUCAGAUUCUGACUCAUGGGCUUAGAAGCAAUUGCUUAAGCUCAGACCUGAGGCUAAGAAACUUUCUUGGAGUGAGAGGUCCCUCACAGAUCAGGAUUUCCAUCAAUGCAACUGUGGUUGAAGCUUGCUCUCCAUCUGGUUGGCUACUUCCUCCUCCAAGAUCAAACCAGGCUCUUGACCUGCAUGUUUUCUUAACCAGCAUUCAGUGUCCGACUUUCUCUGAUGUCCUAGACUCUUAUGUAUGGAGCACAUCAGCGCGGGAAGAACCUAGGUUCAGUGCCAGAAGCACAUGGGAGGACAUGAGACCAUCGCUCCCACCUCAACCUGAAACUGAUAUUAUUUGGUUUAAAGUAGCUAUUCCGAGGAAUAACUUUACUAUGUGGGUUGCAAAUAUGGACAAAUUACCAACAAGAGCUCGCUUGGCUUCUUGGGGUCCUCAAUUAAACAUAUCUUGUUGCUUAUGUUCUGCUCAUGAGGAAUCAAGAGACCACUUAUUCCUCUCAUGCGACUACAGCUCGGAAGUUUGGCGAUUUGCUAUUGCCAACCUCAAUCCACCUCGCACCAGGUUCUGCUCUUGGCCUGAACUCCUGUCCUGGAUCAGAAGUUCCUCCUCCUCUGCACCAGCUCUGUUAAGGAAGCUUGUGGCCCAGUGUACAAUCUAUCACCUUAGGAAACAAAGGAACAACGUGUUGCAUAACCAGCUCACUCAGACUCCAUCAGUGAUCUUCAAACUCAUUGACAGAGAAAUUCGAAACACAAUCACUUCUAGGAGGAAUGGGAAGCAAUUCCAAAAUCUCAUGGCUAAGUAG